AUGGAGAGGUCAGUCAGGUUUGCCGUGGUGUGCAUCGCAGUGUCUCUGCUCAUCUCUUGCCAUCCAGUCGAAGCCUGGUACAAGCAGUCGACCGGGCCCAGUUACUACUCGGUGGGUCGUGCAUCAGGUUUGCUGUCUGGUAUCAGGAGGUCGCCGUAUGUCCGGAGGUCCGAGUCCGAAGAAACGCUGAUGGAGAGCGGUGAGACAGUAGGUAACAACGCGAUUCCAGAGACUAACAGGCAGAUCUCCAUCCUCAAAAACAUGGCCAUCUGCGUGAAGGACAUCUCUCCAAACCUGAAGAGCUGUGAGCUGCUGCGGGACGGGACGGGUACCUUCCAGUGCAAGGCGGACGUCUUCCUCACCCUGGACUCGCUGGACUGCCUGUCCGCGUGA